AUGUCACAUCAUCAAUUCCCCGUGCAGGAGAUUCGUAGCUUUCUGGACGAGUCUGUAAGCCGAAUAAAUCUAGAAGGAUCCACCCGUCACUCAUCUGUGAUUCUUGUUCUGAUGAGUCAUGGUAACAAACAUGGCAUCAGUGGUACCGACUUGGACGUUGUGACAAUUCAGGAAAUCAAGUCUAAGUUUUCUGGAAGAAAAUGCCCAGCACUCCUCGGAAAACCAAAGAUCUUCUUUAUCCAGGCAUGUCGAGGAAACAUGCCCACGAAGAGCGCUCUUGGCACUGAUGAUCCUAAAAGACUGAUGGGUGACAUCGAUUCUUGUUCAUCAAAGAGACCGACCGACGACGCAUUGGAUAUUGAUGGCGAUGUUCCAGAUAACGCUGAUAUAUAUGUGGCCUACGCCACUUCCGAAGGUUAUUUCUCAAUCCGACAUGACGUGGAUGGUUCCUGGUUCAUACAGAGCUUAUGUGAGGAGUUGAUUGCCCACGUACACAUUGACGAUCUUGACACCAUGAUGAACAGGGUAACAAGACGUGUUACCGGCUUGACGGGUUCUGUAACCGACGACGAAGGAAAUGAGACAAUGACGUUGCAAACCCCAGAUAUAUCCAAGCAAGGCAUCGGAAAGAAGAUUUACUUCAUGCUAAGUUAUCCGCCUUGUUCUUAAGCCCCAUGCAGCUUGACUCACCAACCUCGUUCUGAUGCUGCAUGUAGCUUGACUCAACAACCAGGCCCAUCAUCAGAACCACGCGGUCAUUGUUCAACACAUAGCGAAUAAUUUUUAG